AUGGCCGACGCGACCGGCACCCCCCCUCCCAAUAUCCGGUUCGAGGAUGACAUCCAGCCCGUCAAGAGAAAACAACCGGCUGUUGCUGCUCCGCUGGCUCUCUCCGAGAAAGAGUUGAGCGUCCAUGACCUCGACCAAGAAGAGAGAGCCAGAAAAAUCACACACGAUGACUUUGCGCUCAAAAAGAAGCAGACUUACACGGGCUUCACGCUCGCCUGGCUCAGCUUCCAGAGCAUCGGGACCAUCUACGGCGACAUUGGCACGUCGCCCCUCUACGUCUACUCGUCGACCUUCACCAGCCAGCCCAGCUGGGACGACCUGGUCGGUGCGCUGUCCAUCAUCAUCUGGUCGCUGACCCUCAUCGUCACGGUCAAAUACACCUUCAUCGUUCUGCUGGCCGACGACGACGGCCAGGGCGGCACCUUUGCGCUCUACUCGCUGCUCGCCCGCUUUGCCAACAUCUCCAACGAGGACCCCAAUGCCGCCUCUGCCGCUGCCACGCCGCAGCUGGAGCGCCAUGACACGGGCAAGAUGGACCCGGUGACCCGCCGGUUUCGCUCGUUUAUCGAGGGCUCCGGUUCAGCCAAAUUUUCCCUCAAACUUGUCGGCGUGCUCGGGGUGUCCAUGGUCAUGGCCGACGGCGUGCUUACGCCCGCUCAGUCGGUCCUGGGCGCCAUCCAGGGAAUUACAGUGGUCAACCCCGACCUGACGCGAUCGGCAAUCGUCGGCAUCUCGUGCGCCAUCCUGAUCGCGCUAUUUGCCAUACAGCCCCUGGGCACGGCCAAGCUGGGCACCGCGUUCGCGCCCAUCGUCGUUAUCUGGCUGCUCUUCAACCUGUGCUCUGGCAUUUACAACCUGGUUCUGUAUGACUACACGGUGCUCAAGGCCUUCAGCCCCUACUUUGCCGGCGCGUACCUCGUGCGCAACGGAACCAGCGGGUGGCGGUCGCUGGGCGGGCUGCUUCUGGCGUUCACGGGCGUUGAGGCGCUGUUCGCCGAUCUCGGGGCUUUCAGCAAGCGCGCGAUCCAGAUCUCGUGGCUGGGCCUGGCGUUCCCGUGCCUGCUCAUUGCCUACGCGGGCCAGGCGGCGUUCAUCUCGUUCGACACCACCGGCACCGCCUUCACCAACCCGUUCUUCUACACGGUCCCACCCGGCAGCUUUUACUUCAGCAUGGUGAUUGCAAUCCUGGCAGCCAUCGUCGCCUCGCAGGCCAUGAUUACCAGCACGUUCCAGUUGCUGACGCAGGUCAUGCGCCUGUCGUACUUCCCGCACAUUAAAACGGUGCACACUAGCAACAAGUUCCACGAGCAGGUCUACAUGCCGCUGGCCAACUGGCUGCUCAUGAUUGGCACCGUCAUCGUGACGGCCGUGUAUAACAAUACGACCAGCCUAGGCAACGCGUACGGCGUGUGUGUUAUUAUCGUGACCUUUAUCACGACUUGCAUGGUGUCUAUCGUGGCGGCCAUCAUCUGGCGCAUCCCGUCGUACAUUGUCGUCUUCUUCUUCCUCGUCUUUGGCCUGCUCGACGGCGUCUACAUCUCGUCGUCGCUGGUCAAGGUGCCCGACGGAGCGUGGUUCACGCUGCUGCUGGCGGUGCUGCUGUCGAGCAUCUUCGUGCUCUGGCGGUUCGGCAAGGAGCAGCAGUGGGCGGCCGAGGGGCGCGGCAAGGUGCACACGCGCGACCUGUUCGGCACCGACUCGACGGGCGACCUGGUGCUGACGCAGGCGUUUGGCGGACAGCGCGUGUCGAGCGCGUCGGGGCUGGGCAUUUUCUUCGACAAGUCGGGCGGCACCAACGGUAACAUUCCGACCGUCUUCACCCAGUUUGUGCGCAAGUUCAAGGCGCGCCCGGCCAUCACCAUCUUCUUCCACAUGCGCCCGUUGUCGCGGCCCUCGGUGCCCCACGACGAGCGCUACCUCGUCUCGCGCACCGCCGUGCCCGCCUGCUAUCGUGUGACGUUGCGCCACGGCUACAUGGACGACGUGCUGACGCCCGAUUUAGGUCGGCAGCUCGUCGAGCAUUUGGUCUUGUACAUUACGCGCGACCGCGGCAGCGACAAGGGCAGCAACGCCAGCGGCGGUGUCGCCAGGUCCGUCGAGCAUACCCCUGAGAUCCAGGCCGAGCUUGACGCGCUCAACAAGGCCCACGAGGACCAGACCGUCUAUAUCAUCGGCAAGGAGGUCAUGAAGGUCGGCCGCAAGAAGUCGGUCCCGGGCUUCUUCCGCUGGGUUGUGUUGGAGCUGUUUCUGUGGAUCCGCGAGAACUCGCGUACCAAGCUGGCUGACCUCGACAUUGACGCCGACAGCCUCGUCGAGGUGGGCUUUGUCAAGCAGAUUUAG